AUGUAUAUGAUAGAGAGUAAAGGAGGAGCAAUCACUUGUAUGCUCUUGGCUUUGCUCUUCUUAGGGACAUGGCCAGCGAUAAUGACUCUAACCGAAAGACGAGGAAGACUUCCUCAACAUACUUACCUUGACUACACACUCACAAAUCUAUUAGCUGCAGUGAUCAUUGCGCUUACACUCGGCCAAAUGGGUCCAAGCAGACCAAAUUUCAGCACACAGCUUUCUCAAGAUAAUUGGCAGUCUGUGAUGUUUGCAGUGGCUGGUGGAAUUGUUCUUAGCCUUGGAAACUUAGCAACACAAUAUGCUUGGGCUUUUGUUGGUUUAUCAGUCACUGAAGUCAUUACAGCGAGUAUCACCGUUGUUAUCGGCACAACUUUGAACUAUUUCUUGGAUGAUAGAAUCAACAGAGCUGAGGUUCUUUUCCCGGGAGUGGCUUGUUUCUUGAUCGCUGUUUGUCUCGGCUCUGCUGUUCAUAAAUCAAAUGCAGCUGAUAACAAAUCCAAACUCCAAGAUUUCGAAAGUUUAGAGACUACUUCUUCCUUCCAAAAGGAGACAGAUCUUGAAAACAACGGGUUAGCGAAAGGGAAAGCAAAAGAAGGGACUGCAGCUUUUCUCAUUGAGCUUGAGAAACAAAGAGCCAUAAAGGUCUUUGGGAAAAGCACAGUAAUUGGACUGGCAAUAACUUUCUUUGCCGGUAUCUGUUUCUCUCUAUUCUCACCUGCAUUCAACUUAGCGACAAACGAUCAGUGGCACACAUUGAAACAUGGAGUUCCAAAACUCAAUGUCUACACCGCCUUCUUCUACUUCUCGAUCUCUGCAUUUGUGGUUGCUCUGAUACUUAACAUAAGAUUUCUCUAUUGGCCUAUUCUUGGACUCCCAAAAUCUUCUUUCAAGGCUUACCUAAAUGACUGGAACGGUCGAGGCUGGUCUUUCUUAGCUGGUUUUCUCUGUGGAUUCGGCAAUGGUCUUCAGUUUAUGGGCGGUCAAGCCGCUGGCUACGCAGCUGCAGACGCUGUUCAGGCACUUCCACUUGUGAGCACGUUUUGGGGGAUAUUGCUGUUUGGAGAAUACAGGAGAUCAUCAAGAAGAACAUAUACACUUCUUAUUAGUAUGCUCUUUAUGUUCAUAGUUGCAGUCACGGUUCUUAUGGCCUCAUCGGGACAUAGAAAAUGA